UUAAUGUUAAUUGAUUAAAAUACUUGGCAUGGAUUUAUCGAUCUUUCUGAUUAGACCAAUAUAGAGAGUUGGCUAGGAUGGAUUAUUUAUUUUUGCUGUUUGAUCGCUGCAAUGAUUUUAGGUCAUUGGUUGUUGACAGUAAUUUUGCAAUUAUUUUAAAGUCAUUCAUUGUUCCAGAUUAUGAUAUACAUUCCAAGUUUACAGUCUUUUUAUUUUGUUUAACCUUUAGUCUUAGUACUAUGGCAUUGGGAAUGUUCAUUUUUGAGAUUUUCAAGAUUGGACAAUCCUAAACCAGACCAAAAUUAUGGUCAUUCACUUUAAUGAGCGAUGUUUUAUUAUUGCUUUAUAUAUUGCCAAACUUAUCUUUUUAUUUCAUAUUCCAUCGUAUGGGAUUUGGCAAACAUAUAAUAUUAAGUAAGUAUUACCUUUAUACUUUUAGUAUUUUGGUUAAGUGCUUUGACUAUUCUUGUAGCAUCAUAUUUUUUUGAUAAAUUACCGAUCACAAAUGUUUAAUUAAAUUUACCUUCUUAAAUUGAUUUCAUUACAAACAUAGGGACUUACAUGAUAGGAAUUUUGUCAGGAUUUGGUGCUGUCUAUUGUCCUUGGGCAUAUUUUUAAAUGAUUAGUUUGGAUAGUAAUAUCUUUAUUUAGAAUAGUUAACAAGGUUAAAUAAGGGAAAAAAUCAAUCAUAAGCAACAUUUAUUUCAUAAUUGCUGAAAUCGAAAAAUCUGUAGUGAAAUUAGUACUGAUUAAUGAGGAAUAUAGAAAUAAAAAAAAUGGAGAAGUUCAAUCUACAUUUUUUUGGGCCAGAAUAUAAAACUGGUUUAAAAAAAAACCAAGAGAAUCUUAACAAAGAAAAGAUUUGAAAGAAGAACUUCGUCAAUUGAAAGUCAUUCAUAAUUAAUUGUAUGAUCAUUUUAAAGAUUAUAUUGAUGAAGAAACUAGAUAUUAUUAAUCCAAAUCAUUAUAUGGAAAAUUUCUUAAAAGAUUAGCAUGGAUUGUUUUGAUAUAUUGUAUAUACAAAAUGAUUAUGAGUACAAUCAACGCUAUUUGGGGAAGGAAAAAAUCAAUUGAUCCAAUCAGUAGAAUUUUAAAAGUUAUUUUACCUUUCUUUGGAUUUGAAUUAGAUCAAAUCACUUAUGAAACUCUUGCUAUGUAUGGAACAUUCAUUUUUAUGGGAUACUUGAUGUUUAGCAAUGUUAGAUCCUUCUCUUUAAAUUUAGUUAAUAUAUUUAACACCUUUAUGGGAAUGGCUGUACUUUAGAAAUUACCUUAUGAAAUCAUGGUGCUUUUUAUUGCCGAAGUUUUUGGUGUAUAUCUUUUAUCAACAGUUAUUUUAUUAUAGACAAGUUUACCAGAUAGUUUCAUAUCUAAUCUUAAAGAAUAUUCUUAAGGUAUUGAAAUAUUAAGCCAUUAUGAAAAUAUUGAUAGAUUUUUUUUAAUGAGUGGUUUUAUUAGUACAAUAAUAAUAUAUGCAAAUUAUCAUAGAAGAAAAUAAAAAUUAGAAAACUUUGAGAAAUCAGAUUUGAAAUUACGGGAUUGA